GUUUCAUGGGUGUUGGCUAAUCGACGAACAGACUACAACUACACCUACUCAACUGUACGUUUAUCCUAAAGCUCUCAGCUAGCUAGCUAGCCAGCCACCUCGGAACCCACUUCCCAACUACUUCCAUACGACUAAACGUUCAUCUACUAACAUCCCAUUCCAGCCACCAAAACAACUCACAUACCCACCACCCAUCACAAUGUCUGCCCCCAACGCCGGCCGCCAGUCCCCCGAGCCCGAGCGCCAAUCCGGUGCGCAAUCCGGCCAGACCUCCGACAACGUCAACCAGCAAGGCGCCGGCCCCAAGGAGGGCGCUGAGAAGGCCAGCGACAACACCAAGGACAGCCUGAGCUCAAACCCCCAGCACACUCUGGAGAAGCACGCUGAGGAGACUACUUCUAAGAAGGUCUAAACGAGGAUAAGGAAAUGUUGAAGUUUGCGAUACCUUCCUUUCGAUAUGGCUAUCAUAAGCCAGGACUCGGACAUAGGACCUAUGUAAAAUCAUUAGGCUGUCUUGAGGAUGAAUGAAUAAACGAAUGAUAAUGUUCAUGUAACAAUGUUUUGUGCUGUCCUUGUGUCUUGCUUGCGUGGCUG